UACUGAGCAGGUUUGUUCCUUGUGAUUUAUGUUUACAUAUAUAGCUUUUUUGAUUUGUAUUUUUUUAGAUGUUUUUGUUUUUUUCCAGACAAUCAGUUUAUCAGUUCAUUACCAUCUUUUUAUCAGUGCUGCGUUAGCAUUUCAGAAGAGUUCUCUCUGAAUAUCUUCAUCUCUAUCUAGAAUGCUUCUUUCAUGGAUUGUAAUACCAAAGAGACUCCGGGAUAUUGGUUAUCUAACUCUGGAUGUUUUCCUAACUGGUAAAAGGGAUGGUUUUCAAAGAACUCUUAUCCUACUUCUCACCUGCAACUUCUCCAGUCUCCUGCUCAGCUCCCUACUCCUGCUUUACCUCCUCUUCAUUCUGAAUUAUGAGCUAGCAGUGGCUGGAGGGAUUACUGGCUGUUUUGGGAUAAUACUGACAGUCGCACUCUUCCUUUCAAAAAGAGUGAGAUGCUUUGGGACCCUAUUUGUGAUCUCUAUUUUCAUGAAGAAGAGUCGGAACCUGCUUCUGACUGCUGGGACCAGUUUGGUUGUUCUUAGAAACAUACGCAACACCUUGGAGAACCUCACCGAACUGGUCAGCAGUAUGAUAUGCAACUUGAGAGCCAAGAAAGAAGCUAUUGUUGCUCCAUUCAGUAGCUAUGUAAAGGUGUUAAAAUGGGUUGGAAACAUGCUCAAGGGGGUUACAGAUUUAGGGGUUUUUAACCUUGACUCCCAGCUCACAGUUUUGCCCAGACUGGAAUCAAAACAUUUCAGGGAGAAGCUCAUGGAAGCAGAGCAGAAGCUAAAUGUAACCGUGAAGUAUGUACAAUCCUUUGUAAAUACAGUAUCAUCUGUGAGUGAUAGGAUGUUUCCUGCCAUGAGCUUCCUUGUGCUAAUGGUGUUUAUAGUGCUGCAUAUAAAACAUUUUUGUAAUGACAUGAAAUACAAAAACAGGUUCAUCAGCAGCAAAUUUGUUAGUUUUGACGAGAAGCAGAAGGCAGAAGGAAAGCCCUAUGUCCUCCCCCUCACACCAGAAGAAGAGAAGCUGUACAGCCCGGUCACCUCAGCCUGCCCCACCACCAAAGAUGGGAGAGCUAUGCUAAAAUUUGGCAUUCCAGUUGUCCACCAUUUCAUUUCCUGGGUCAUAUUUAUAACUGUGGAUGGCUUAUUGUACUGUUUUGUUGAUAUUGUAACAACAAAGUUAUCUCAACUGGAACCAUUCCAUGUACCAUUGUUAAUGAAAAUCAAAGGGAUUGCAACUUUAAUAGGUAUACCAUUUGUUGAGGAAAACCAUGAAGAAGACUUUUCCUACUCUGUGACCCUGUUUGAGGAAAAGUGUCUCCCUAAACCCAAGCUGCUGCUCUAUAACUCUGUAGUUCCUUUGGCUGCCAUCCUGCUCACACUGCUCAUAAUGGCUCUGAUGGCAGCUAAAGUGGCCCAGAUCAGAAUGAUCGUUUGUGAGCAAUUCUUCUCUGCCGCUGCAGAGAAGAGAGUGGAAUACCUGCACACCAAAAUCCUGAGAAAGCGGUUAAAAAAGAGGAGGGAGAAAAUCUGCUAUCUCACAUCUGUCUUUUUUAAGCCACAUUUUUGGUGCCCUUUGCUCUUCAGGCCCAAAGAGGAUGUACAAGGUAUCGUAUAAGCGUCUAUGCUCCAUGAUUUUAUGACUCAAAAGAACACAUACAAAACGAUAAGAAAUUCUCCUGGCGAGGGCACUACUAUCGGAAAAAAUACACAUAGAAAAAAUGACAUGCUGUUAAAAUGAGUGGUUUUUAAAGGCUGGUGUUCCCUACCAACUUUUACUUCUUGCUCAACAUUUGAACAUUUUAGUUUCAUCACACAUAUGUGAACCCAACAAAGAUAAGCCUUUAUCUAAGCUGUCCUUUCUGUCUAAGCCACUUGAAUUUCUGAUCAAUUGUCCUCUUCAUGUCUUUGUGGAGGAAUCUAAUCUACUUCAGGUUUUUUUUUGUUGAUAACAAAUUUAGUUUGCACUGAAGAUCUGCCAACAUAUUUUUUAUACUGUUGUAUCUAAUAUCAAUACAUUUUACUUAAGCUGUUUUAUGUUAUCAUAAGUGGUGCUGCGUUUUAGUGGUAGAGUCAGUCGUCUCUCAACCCGAAGGUUGUUUGGGGGGGAUAUCUCACCGGCAUGCAGGCUACAAAUUAGUUUGUUAACUUGAUCCUUAUAUUGGUCAGUUGCUCAGCACGCGUCUCAGAAAUUUCAAAAUGAGCUGCUGGGCUUGCCACAACGAGCCAAUGG